AUGGUAUUCACGCCGUGGAAAAGCUUUCCCGGUUGGCUUGUUCUCUGGGCCCUUAACCUCUUCUCUGGAAUCGCCCUCAUCUAUGAGGGUUACAACCAGGGAGUUAUGGGCUCUGUGAACUCGAUACCCGGAUACAUUGACACGAUGCAGAUCGGGACCAACGGGAAAGUUACCAACGUCACGAAGCAAGGAGGAAUCGUCGCUGUUUACUACUUUGGCGCCAUGUUCGGCUGCUUUAUCGGUGGUCGUCUGGCGGACCGAUCCGGCCGCAAGCUUGCUAUUAUCGUGGGAAGUCUAUUCGCAAUCGUGGGAGGAUCACUGCAGGCCGGGGCUCUGAACAGCGAUAUGAUCCUCUGCGCUAGAGUAAUUGCGGGAUUCGGUGUUGGUUUCAUCAACACGGUCACCCCUGCCUGGGUUUCUGAAUUGGCCGUGGCCCAUACUCGAGGAGCCUCAUUUGCCUUGGUAUUCUGCGCCAAUUAUAUCGGCAUCACCAUUGCCUACUGGCUUGGCUACGGCUUGAAAAAUCAUUCAACAUCCUUCCGGUGGCGUUUCCCACUGGCUUGCCAAGUGGUUCCUACCGUUAUUCUACUCCUGACUGUGUGGUUCCUCCCAGAAUCGCCGCGAUGGCUCAUGACCAAAGGAAGACGCAGCGAGGCAGUCGAGAUUCUGGCCAAGAUCCGUGGGGACGUUCCGCUGGAAGAUCCCGGCCUGAUGGCUGAGAUCGAACAACUGGACGCCACUGUUGAAUCGUCAAACCACAAACGCUACCGUUUGUGUAAUGUCACCUUUGGUCGUCACUCCGGCAAGCUUCACUUGGGAAGGAGAGUCACGCUGGCAGUCGGCAUCAUGUUAAUGAUGGAAUGGACUGGCAUCCUAGCCAUCACCGUCUACGCAGGUACGAUUUUUAGUCAAGCCGGGUAUGAUAGCAAUAAGGCCGGAUGGCUAUCCGGCUUGGUCAACUCGAUCGGCAUCCCCGCCACGAUUGCAGGCAUCUUCACAAUUGACCGGUUUGGACGGCGCAUCUCCAUGUAUUUUGGGUUCUCCAUCCAGAGCGUAGCGCUGUUCCUCUCCGCUGGCUUGGGCCGCCUGGGACAGCUCAACCCAGACAGCGCCGCCGCGUACGGCGCUGCGUCGGUGAGCAUGGUCUUCAUAUUCACCUUCUUCUUUGCACAGACCGUCUUGAUGAUCGCGUUCUUCUAUCCGACGGAAAUUUGGCCCCAGGAGAUUCGAGCGCUUGGAAACAGCUAUGCAGUGUUCGGAUGGGCAGUGGGUUGCGGUAUCACGGUAUGGCUGAAUCACGAACCGCACCCCGAAUCUCAUUCUAAUCCUGUCACACAGACUCUCGUGAUUCCAAGCAUGUUUGCCAGUCUUCAGUGGAAGACCCUCAUGGUUUUUGCGUCGUUAAACAUCGCCUGCCUGCCGUUAGUCUACUUGUUCUUUCCAGAAACUAACGGCCGCACCCUUGAAGAAAUCAACCUCCUGUUCAUGGCCGAGCACCCCCUGGUUUUUGCCAACGAAAAAGUCUUUGCGGACCGACUUGCUCAAGCUGGAAACGAUAUUGCUGAAGCAGAAAGACAACUGGCGGCCGAAUUGGAUGCGUCUGAGAAGGAGGUGGUUCCUGUGUGA